AUGAUAACGAACAUGAAAUUGGGUGCAUCCAGAGCCACUUCAUUUUUAAAUUACACCUCCAGUAUAUUUUAUCGCCCGCAGAAAUAUCGUGCUAUCCGACCUCGAGAUGCAGGCACUAUAUUAGGACUUAAAUCCAACUUUAUUGAUAUCAUCACAUUGCUUAAUACUCAGCAUAAUUGGCCAAUUCAACAACCUACUCCUCCUCCACCUGCACUCGACAAAAGUUUAUACCAUGGUGUGUUUUCAGUACAAUUAUCCCAAGGAACAAUUGAUAUCAAGACCGAAGUUAGACAGCAUACAUUGCUUGCAUCCGUUGCAUUAGCAGGUGGUUGUUAUGGUGUUCUCACCACCAUUUAUAUCCUACUAUUUGGCAUGACCCGAUUAACACCAUGGGGUCUCGUACAUCAUAUACCCGUCUUUAUCAGCAAGCAUCGAAAUCACGACAUGAUGAACAAGAAAUUCAUCCAAGAGGAAGGCAUGUACCAACAGGACCAAGAUACCCAUACCAGCAAGAGCGACGCAAAGAAAAAGGGGUUCUCCACCUCCGUCUUAAUCCCAUGGUUUUUCCGCAGUAGCAAAUUGAGAAACAGCAAUGAUUCAUUUACCUCAGCGGAUGUCAAAGAAGCGAUUAUGACACAAAUGAUUAAUGAGGAUGAUAAACAAUAUAAUGAUAUCCCAUUGUCGCCUUUACCACGCCAUGGAACGGCUGAGAUCAUGUAUCAAUCACCUCAGUUACCUCUUCAACCACCUGCGCUCCCACCUCAUUAUAACACAGCGAGUGGUAGUACGAGCAGGAGUGAUGAUGCAACGCAAGUGAACCAGGGCGCAUUACUUCAAAAGCAACAAGCCAAUCCGUGGGAGGAAAGAACCACGGAAUUAUCUAACCGUGUGGAAGAGCUUGAAAUUAUCUUGAGCGAAUAUUUUAUCAAUACGGCUUAUUUGGAUCAAUUACGAGCCAGAAAAAGCUCUAUUUUAUCCAAUGCCCAUAAGCAACAAGAAACAAAGCACGAUAAUUGA